AUGGCCGAACAUUCCACCCAUAUUCGACACGUACUCCUUUACGAGUUCGAACCUGGCGAUCCCGCUGCUAAAGCCCACCGAAACUUAAGUCAUGUAUUCGGCACUGAAGUCCCUUCUGAGCGGUCUGUGGGCGCCUGUUUCCAGCACUUCAAAGCCGGAAACAAGAAACUCGAAGAUGAGCCUCGCUCUGGUCGACCCACUGCAAUAUCGUUCGUCGAACUGAAGAAUCUGGCAGAGCAGCAUCCAUAUGAAGAUGUGCAGUAUUUUGCUGCCAGUCUUGGCUGUUCGCUGUCCAUCGUGAGCAAUGGACUGCGAUCUCUCGGAAUGGUGAAAUAG